UGAGGCCGAACAUGGUUCUUUUUUCCUAGUACCGAGGCCUUGGCCACGAUGUCGCAAUGGUAGCGAGAUGAGAUGAUUGGACAUCAGCGUCUUGGAAGGUACAAGACCAGAGAACCAUCCGUCACAUCACAUAACCUCAAAUUUGACCUCCACCAUCAUCCAUCGCGUUCAAUCUCUGUUCAGGAGCUUCGACCCAACUGCGUGGACUCGGGAGGAGCGGUAGAGCGCCUGCGCUUCGCACAAUGGUCCUCCACGCCACGCUUUCGUCCUUCCGACGCAUGCGACAACUCGCAUCGUCGUCAUCCCAAACAACCGGCUCCAAGUCCUCAACCCUAGCAUGGCGCCUCGCAGAAGUUGCAACACGGACGUGGGAUCUCGGCUUCACAGCCUUUGGCGGCCCACCAGUGCAUUUCCAGAUCCUUUACCGUCGCUUCGUAGAAGGCCAGGGCCACUUCGGCGCAAAAUGGAUUGAUGAGCAGACUUACCAAGAGCUCUUCGCAAUCUGCCAAGCGCUCCCCGGCCCUGCGUCCACAAAGAUGGUCUUCUGCAUCGCACUGAUGCACGCCGGCUUCAUCCCGGCCAUGCUAGCCUUCCUCCUCUGGAGUGUGCCUGGCGCCGCGGGCAUGUACGCGCUCUCCCUCGGCGUACAGAAGAUGCCUGAUCGACUGCCUGCCAUCGUGUAUGCGCUUUUGAGCGGCAUGAACGCCAGCACCGUAGGAAUCAUCGCAUUAGCGGCCGUGCAGCUUGCCGAGAAGGCAAUCAAAGACCGGUUGACGAGGAUUUUGGUGAUAUUUGGGGCUUGUGCCGGAUUGUGCUACAAUGCGCUGUGGUAUUUUCCUGUACUGAUUGCAAUUGGGGGGAUUGCUACUGUUGUUUGGGAUGGUUGGCUGAGGCAGAAAGUUGCGAAGGUGAAGGCGGAUUAUGCGGCGAGGAGGAGAAGGAGUAGAACUGAAGGCGGGGACGCGGAGGAGACGGCUGCGGUGCACGACAUCCCUCUAGUGCAGCUUGAGCGCCCUGAAGCUGUGAAGCGUCGUCCGCAGGCUGCGUCCUCUGCUGAUCGUAUCCUGCCCGUCGAAGAAGCGGCAGGCCCAAGUCAAACCACAGAGCGCAGCAACACAGAGACGCGCGCGCUCACGCCCGUUGAAUCUAACCGACCACACACCAUCACCAUCAAGCUCGGCCUCACUCUCACAGCGCUCUUCUUCGCCUCCUUCAUCGCCAUCAUGGUGGUCCGCGGCACGCUCUCCUCCCGCGCCCUCGCUUACGACCUCUUCGCCAACAUGUACCUCGCCGGCACCAUCAUCUUCGGCGGCGGGCCCGUCGUGAUCCCGCUCCUGCGUUCCUACGUCGUUGAACCCGGUUGGGUCUCGCCGCGGAAUUUCCUCCUCGGGCUCGCCAUCAUCCAGGCCUUUCCGGGCCCGAACUUCAACUUCUCCGUGUACCUCGGCGCCUUGACGCUCGCGUCUACUCGUAUACCCACUGUCUUUGGUUCAAUUUUGGCGUUCCUGGGUAUCUUUACCCCGGGUCUCGUGUUCUCUGUCGGCGCACAGUCGAUUUGGCAGGUUGCGCGGACGAAGGCGUGGGUAUUGAGUUUGCUGAGGGGCAUCAAUGCUGCGGCCGUGGGCCUGGUCUUCACGGCCGUGUAUCGGCUCUGGGAGAUUGGGUAUCUCACGGCGGAGAGUAGCAAUGGGAAGAGCCUUGCCGAGGAGCCGUGGUGGGUAGUUAUAGCUGCUGUGACGUACGCCGAGACUGCGUGGUUCAACGUUCCUCCUGCUGUAGCCAUCAUUUUUGGUGCGGUGCUGGGCAUGGGCUGGUAUGGUGCUGUUGGAUCGUGAUCGACUUGCGACAAGACAUCGAUUUGGAAAUCCUAGGAACCCUGUUAGUGAGUUAUUGCAGCAGGGAGUGAGGUUUGGAUAGACAGACAGGCUUC